AUGGCAUCCUCCAUAGCGAAUAUGACCUAUAUCAUUAUUGGAGGUGCCUCGGGCAUGGGACUUGCUACAGUCCAAACGCUCCUUGCACGAGGUGCUCAGGUUGCUGUAUGCGACAUUUCAGAGAAGAAUCUAGAGACUUUACUCGGUAGUCUCGCACCGCAGAACUCCACCAAGUGCUUUGCCAGGAUCGUCGAUGUGACAGACCGCUCCGCCAUUGAUAGCUUUUUCCACGCGGCUGAAGAGCACUUUGGAAACCUCAAUGGCAUCGCAAAUUUUGCGGGUACCGGUGGCCACGGCUUGGGUACAGAGGCUGUCUGGCAAACAACAGAGGAAGAAUACAACUUCAUCAUGAACUUGAACGUUAAAGGACUGUUCAAUGUGCUCUCAUCGGGGCUGGAUCCUGGAUUUUUGGCAGAUCGCGCGAGUGUGGUUCAUAUCGGCAGUAUCUUUUCUCAGAAGGGUUUUUUGAACGGCGCGGUCUUCGCAGCUUCAAAGCAUGCAGCUUUGGGAAUGGUUCGAAGUGCAGCUAAGGAGACUGAGGGACGGGCGAGGGUAAAUUGUGUGUUACCUGGUGUUAUUGAUACCCCUAUGCAUCGAGCUAAUCUUGCCCGUGUCAAGAAUUUCACUCCGACCCCGGCAACACCGAUUCCUCGAGAUGGUACUGCGCAAGAGGUUGCUAACGUUGUGAUUUUCUUGCUCAGUGAGGAAAGUAGCUUCGUGACUGGAGAUGCCUGGAACGUCGAUGGAGGUGCAAAUGCAUGAGUGAACAACUAUGUACUAUAUGCAGGAUGACAUGAAUAGAUAGAUUGGAUAUAUGGGGCAGUUUGGCGAAUUUCUAGGGAAUCCUCCGUUGCGGCUCUCAAGAGUGGUCAGAGGCAGUUGAGAUGAUUGAGCAGAUAUGCAAGAUUCACUUCAGUUGCUCUCAUCUUCCAAUAAGCGAAGUACUUAACUGCUACGGAGCCUCAUAUUCCGGACAUUAAGGC